GGGGCGUGGCCUGACACUGCAGUGGUUACGUCCCUACGUAGACUGUAAACAGGAAGUGUCACUCAAAAGGUUCAUUUGUUUUACAGAGGGAUCGCACCAUGGGCAAGAGCUGUAAAGUAGUAGUUUGUGGGCAGUCUGCAGUCGGUAAAACUGCUGUGUUGGAACAGUUACUAUACAACAACCAUGUAGCAGGCUCAGAGCCCAUGGAGACCCUCGAAGACAUCUACAUUGGCUCCAUAGAGACAGACCGAGGAACCCGGGAGCAGGUUCGUUUCUAUGACACCCGAGGGCUGCGCGAUGGGAUGGAGUUUCCUCGACAUUACUACACUUUUGCAGAUGGCUUUGUGCUGGUUUACAGCAUCGACAGCAAAGAGUCCUUUAAAAGAAUGGAGGCUCUGAAAAAGGACAUUGACCGUCACAGAGACAAGAAAGAGGUAACUAUUAUUGUGCUGGGAAACAAGCUGGACAGACAGGAGGAGAGGAGAGUGGACUCGAACAUGGCUCAGAACUGGGCCAAGAAUGAAAAAGUCCGGCUGUGGGAGGUGUCUGUGGUCGAGCGCCGCACUUUAAUCGAACCAUUUGUGUUUUUAGCCAGUAAAAUGACACAACCACAGAGCAAGUCCACUUUCCCUCUUAGCCGGAAUAAGAACAAAGGGAGUGGCUCCACCGACAGUUGAAUUAUCAGGGAAAAGCAUCUACUCAAAGAGGCGAGGGAAGGAGUGAUAGUAAUUUUAAAGGGAUCUCUGUUCUGUUAAUAUAAGAACACUAUAAUUAUGAAGGACCAUAAUGCUGUUGCUGUUAAAUUAUCUUUACAUUUCAGGAAAUAUUUAAUAUUUUAUUGUGUGAGUCAUAUAUCAUGAUAGCAGCAAAACAAAUAUGGGCAUUUAAGUGAAAUUUGACGUUUGCUUACCUAUGUAACGUCUUUACGCAUUCAUAAUUUCAUAGCAAGAUUUUGUUGUUUUGCUUUUUAAACUUUUAAAUACUGAUAAGUCACUUAACUACAAAGGAGUUAAUUGUUAUUUGUUAUUUAGUCUAUUUUAGAAAAAUAUACUAUGUGAUUGGCCAUUUUAAAGGGAUAUUAUCCCAUUACUGGUUCCAGAACUGUAUGAGUGCUAUAACUAUAAAGUAUAUACACAUAGACUACUGGCCACAAAAUCUGCCACAAAAUCUGCUGUCCAUACUUGUGCUAACAACAUAAGUCAAAUCAGAUAAAUCUGAUUGUUUUACUGAAACACUGAAUUGGAUUCAAAUUUAAACCAAAAAAUGUAAUUGGACUUAAUGCCCUGAUCAAGAACAAUGGAAAAAUACAUUAAUCCAUGCUCCUUUGCACACCGAUGUGAUUAAUUUGAAUGUUUAUUUCAUACCUUGAAAGUGCCAUAGUAACACGAUUAUUUGAACACAUUUGAAUCUAAAUCCAAUUUCAGAUCACAGUGUAAUCUAGUAUUGCACAGUUGUCUCUGGCGCAAAUGUUGUUUUUGACACAAAAUGUUACUGGAUCAUGAAAAAUUACUUUAAAACUUGUAUACUACAUUCCAGGUCACAAACAUGCACACUGUGAGAGACUUGAUCUCAUUUGCUGAAAAGCACACUACUAUAAGUACAAUCAAACUGGGAAAGAUGCUGUGUUUUCUGUAUCAAAACAUAUGACUUUUAUUGUUUCUGCUGGAGGUUUGUUACCUAUAAAUGUACUGAAUUAAUGUUCAAGUAAAUGAAUGACAUUCCC